CUUGCAAUGCCAAACGACGAUGCCCUUGCCCUUGUACCGGAGAAUGUCUGGGCAGCGUACGACCGAAUCAAACCCCUCAUCCACCAAACACCCCUCUUCGCCUCCCGCACCCUCUCCGCCCUCGUCUCCUCCCCUUCCUCAACCACCACUACCUUCUCCGACAACACUCCAACAACCCUAGUCUUCAAAGCCGAAUCCCUCCAACGUGGCGGUGCCUUCAAAAUUCGAGGCGCAAUGCACGCCGUAGCCCGGUUAUCUGAGGAAGAACGUAAGCGUGGUGUCUGUACGCAUUCGUCGGGGAACCAUGCACAGGCACUCGCGAUUGCUGCGAGAGAGAGUGGUGCGAAGUGUUGGGUCGUGAUGCCGGAUACUUCACCUGUACCAAAACGUGAGGCAACUGCGGCGUAUGGGGCUACGAUCACGUUUUGUCCGCCGUUGGAGAGGGAGGAGACAUUAGCGAGGGUGCAAGAGGAGACGGGAGCGGUAUAUGUUCCUCCGUACGAUGAUCCACGGAUUAUCUUGGGGCAGGGCACCAUAUUUGUGGAGUUUGUGGGGCAGGAGGAGGAGUUGGACGCGAUUAUUGUUCCAGUUGGCGGUGGGGGGAUGUUGGCUGGCUGUGCGCUCGCUGCCUCUGAUCCGGAACUCUACGGACGCGUAGGCGGGAAGAAGGUCAGGGUUUUUGGAGCGGAGCCGUACGAGGUCAAUGACUGCGCCCAAGGCCUCGCCUGCGGAACUCGCGUCCCAUCCCAGCCAAACGGGCUAAAGACAGUCUGUGACGGCCUCCGCACCCCCGUUGGCAAAACCAACUUUCCCAUCAUCCAGAAGCACGCCGAAAAGGUCUUUACGGUCACAGAAGAGGAGGUCAAACGCGCGAUGAGGCUCGUAUGGGAGAGACUUAAGCUAGUCGUGGAGCCGAGUGGGUGUGUCGGGUUGGCUGUGGUGUUGAGUGAGGCGUGGAGGGAGUAUGGCGUCAACGGGAAGGUUGGGAUCGUGUUUAGUGGCGGUAAUGUGGAUCUAAGCGAGGUUUUGGCGUUUAACAAGUGA